CCCGAUUCAUUUUGACGCGUCGGACGUCGGUCAGGCGAACAUUCAUUGCUAGCUGGUUUCUACUAACUUGAUACAGAAGUCGGUUCUGUUUAGUUAAAACUUCGUAUUAUCACUAGCAGGCUGAAUGCGGUCUAACUGCAAUUUCUUUUUUUGAGGAACGUAUUCAGUUUACACUUUAGAGAUAAAAGCGCAUAGGUCUCGGUCCAGAAUGUCUAAACUACCAGGAAAUGCAGGUGUCUCGUUGCUUGGUGACAAGACCUUGGACUUCUACCGGGAUCCGGUGAUCUUCUGCCGGCAGAGAAUUGAAAAACACAGCAGCAGAGUGUUCCUAUGCCGCUUAAUAAACAAACCGACCGUCUUUAUCUGCUCUGUCGAGGGGAUGCGAGAGCUGCUCUGUGAAAAGUCUAACAUAUUUCUGAAGGACCCAACUGAUUUUAUGACAAACGUAUAUGGAGACACUGUUGUCACCAUGAAUGGUGAGGAGGCCUGCCUCCUCCGUCUGUCUCUCAACCACUUGUUUACAGGAACAUGUCUGGAAUCCUCAAGUAACUACAUGUCCAGUGUAUGUGAUCACUGCUUAAAGAAUCUCUCAAUCAGUGAGCAGCCACAGUCUGUUUACUCCAUCUUUAAACGUCUGGGGGCGGAGUUGGUGUUGGGUCUUUUCCUGAAUGUACGAGCCGAGGAUCAGCCUGAGGUUUUCCAGGAAAUCAUGGAGCUCUGCACAGAACAUUGGCACGGUUUGAUCUCGGUUCCAGUAACUGUGAAGGUACCUUUGUGGACAUCGGGUUUCGCCAAAGCUCUGGAUGCCAGAAGCAAACUGAUGGAGAUCAUCAAAGACAAAUUAGAGAAUGAUACAGAGGGUUUUGUCGGCGCUUUGGGUUCCCUGCCAUUUCCCAACGCUGGUUCUGCUGCUCAACAUCUCCUCCUGCUCAUCUCAGCUCUCAUUCCUAAAGCUCUGGCAUCGCUGCUCACCUCCUUCACUCUGGCUCUUGGAGGACCUGAACAGAGGGAAAGUCGUCAAGAAGCCAUCCGUAACCCUGACCACCUUCACAGAGUUCUCCUGGAGGUGCAGAGACUGUGGCCGCCCUUCAUUGGUGGACGCAGAAUAGCUGAAAAGGAAUCCACCCUCGCAGACUUCUGUGUUCCUAAAGAUUAUGGCGCAGUGUAUGUCAGCUACUUCAUCCACCGUGACCCAGAGGUGUUCCAGCAGCCCGAUAGCUUCCUGCCAGAAAGAUGGAGUGGGAGGAAUGCAGGCCAGGAGCAUUUGCUGUGUUCUUUUGGCAAUGGGCCCAGAAGCUGCAUUGGUUCGACUCUUACUGAGAUCUUUAUUAAGGAAGUUUGCAGAUACCUGCUAAAGAAAUACGACUGGUGUUUGGAUCCUCCGUCGCAGGACUUUCAGUACAAAUGGCUGCCUGUGUCCCGCCCCGCCAACCUUCCCAGUGUGUCCUUCACCCGAUUGGAUCAAACCGUAUCAGAAUGAGAUUACGCCGGGGACACGUAGCCUCCGGCUGUGUUUUAUUGAACAAACAUGUGUGCCUUGCAUGCUGGGGGAAUGUCUGGAGAUGUGAAGGAGGGAUGCCGGCAAACUGCAAGGCUUUCCCCCUCCUGUGCAUAACCUUGUAAUCGUGCCAGGGAAAGCUGGGGGGGGUGCUGGUUGUGCUUUAUCUGUUCCUCUGCCAGAUAUUCUGCAGCGUUCCUUGAUUGCUCUGCAAGCGAAGGCAGUACAGAUGAGUCAUUCUUCUAUUGUGGAAUCUGAAACAGACUCAGAAAUGUUAUAGAUAUAUUUUUUAAACUACGAAUUCACUCAGAUGCAAGUCUUGUUUUUAAAAACUGCAAUCUGCCUCGAUUGCUGUUCAGUUUGGGAUAAGCCUUGAUGUUUCUGAGUGGAGGUGUGCGUGUCUGAAGCAGAAACUCUGUAGCAUUAGUAUUCAUGUCGCUUCAUUCCAGAGGAUCGCACGUCAUGUGUCACACGGGAACAUGGGUAAACCCUCAGAUUCCAUCACUGCCUGCAAACCUGAACCCACUUCUUACCCCUCCACCCCACCUAGCAACAACCACUGCUUAGCAACAGUUCAUCAUACAGAUCCUAUCUUGCUUCCUUUUAGUAUGCAUGUCUCACACAAAUACACACACACACACGCACACACACGCGCGCACACACUAUUCUUGCUUAUAUUUUGAAUUGCCUGAAAAAAUAAAAGAAUAUACUGUUUAGGCAUUUCUUUUAUUUUCUAUUCUUUUUUUUUGCUCUUAAUUGUUUCAGAUCAAACUCAAUUUAGUAGCAAAUAACCUGGGUGAAUAGAAAAUGUAGCUCUUUAAUGAUUAUUUUAUUUAUCAAAUGGGGGAAAAAGCUAUCUGAAGUAACUCAACUCUAUAGGAAACAUUUUUUAUCCCCUAAACCUUGGCUGUACAACACUUAUCAAAAAUGGAUGUUUUUUUUUACAUUGCUUUGAAAAGAUUUUGGCCCACUCUUUUAUGCACAGUUGUUUUAUUUCAGCCAUAUUUAAAAGUUUUUGAGCUUCAGCAACCGGCUUAAUGAUGUUUCACAUCAUCUUAUUUAGAUUUGUCUUCAAUCAGAUGUUUGAGUGUUUGAGUAUACCACUCUUGUCUUCUGUGAGUCUAAACUUAAGGUUAAGGCAGUCCAGUGAAUUAGUUUUGAGGUUCUUCCGGUAGAGAGCAGAAUUCCUGUUUCCAUUAGAGUUGAUUUUCGCAGCUAUUCGCCACAAAAUGUGACCACAACUCCCUUUGAUUUGCAGAAAUCUGCAAUUGUUCAAAUUUCCACCGUAUAUCAGAAAAGCAUGCAGGUUUUCAUAGACUGUCCUAAAUUUUGCAUGAGUAAGAAGUACAAUCUAGAAAAAUACUAAUAACAUAACUUUGAUAUUCCUUAAGCUAUUAGAUGCCAUGUUAUUUCACAAUGAAGAGCUGUAACGGUAUGUUCAUGUUGAUCUCUGUAGGCGGUGUGAUCCCUUAUCGAUCUCAGGAACAUUUUAUUUGUCACGCGGUCCACCACACAACAAACCCCCUGUUCUCUCUGCAGCACACACACUCCACGGUAAAGACUGUAUCCAUGCCUGCCUUGCUCGCAUCUCUGAGUUGUCAGUGUGUCUCUGUUUCUCGUGUGCACACACUCGCGGACAUACAUCACAUAGGAUCUGGCAGAAAAUGGGGUUCUUGUGAGCGAGGCUGGUAUGACUCAUUGUUCCUCCUGGACUUGGCUGUCAGCUAAAGCUUCUGUUAGCAACUGUUUGGGACAGGCAAAAUGACUCAUAGUGAAUCUUAUGCAUAGGAGCACAUGGCUCUGUUUUAUUUGGCUAUAUCCUUUUUUUUUUUUUUUCGCUUUUUGAUUUCUGCAGAGAAGGAAUAAGAAGUACCUGUACUUGGUAAUGGCUUCAAAUCAUUUUUAUUAUCCUUGAGCCUUUUCACAUAAUUACAUAGGAAUUUAGUUGACUUGGAAUGAGCAUGCCAGACCACCUCUUCACAUAAUCAGCCGCAUUUGUAAAUAAGACGCCUGUGCGGUCUUAACAAUAUCCUUUUGAAUUUCGCAUUGAGUGCAUUUUAGGAAUGUGCUGAGCAGAAGUGUGUGCAGAUUACAAUGAAGUGCAACUCAUUGAGAAGUAGGCUAAAGCCUUAGCAUUCAUUAUGGCAUUCAUUAUGUAGAUAGGGAUCCUGUAAUACAUUGCACUGUGUGCGUCAUUCGUAUGUAAGUAGUGUGUAGGAGGCUACAGCAGAAAAAAAAUGCAUUAGGCUAAAUGUGCAGAGGUAAAAACUAAGGACUCAUUGUUUUUCAGCAGCAUGAUUAUUUAUAAAAUCCCACAUCUCUAAUUAAAUGUCGGAAAAGCUGAAAAAAUAAACAGAAUAAUGCACCAGGGGUCAUUUUCUGUCCUUUAUAUUUGAGAAAAACAAGAGUUUGUCAGUCAGUCUCGCACACAGGAGGACGAAUGCUGGAUCCAGAUGGCAGAACAAAGCCUGAGGUCGGGUUUAAUGAGCAAAGUUAAUUACCACAUGACCGCUCUGUCGGUCCACUCGCAGUGGACUGAUAGACCGUUAUGGUGUGUACAACAGGAAGCGAACGAAGUGCACCAUACCCCCUGCAAGUGCGACACAUGUUUGGACAGAAAAACAGCAGGUACCCCUGUUCAGCUAACAAACUCCAACAUGCAGUCAAGGUAAACGAGGCCCUCAAAACAGACGGAGUAUUCACAACAGGAGGUGCAGCAGAGAGAUGCCCCUUCACUGUGUCAAUUGAUGCAUAUUUCUGUACAAUAACGGGUGCAGAAAUAUGCUAUCAUGUUAUAUAAGCUGUGUUGAGUUUAGAUAACAUGGAGAAAUCCAGACUCUUUAAACUUUACAACUUAAAGAGUCAUUUUACUUUUAGGAAGGUCAAAACGUAUUUAAAUAUCACAACUUUCUGAAAAAGAGAUAUUUUCAGAUGAAGUAUACUCUCGCAAAAUUUCUUGUAAUAUUUAAAGAGCCAGCGUUUUAUUU